AUGAAGUUGAGUGGUAAGGAGAUUAGGAUUUGCUCUUUGCUGGCACUUGAUAGUGUUUUCUUCUUGCUGGAGCUAAUCAUCGGGUAUAUGUCGCAUUCGCUGGCGCUGAUUGCAGACUCUUUCCAUAUGCUGAAUGAUAUUAUAUCUUUGUUAGUUGCAUUGUGGGCUGUCGAUGUUGCUAAGAACAGAAACCCUGAUGCUUCUUAUACCUACGGUUGGAAAAGAGCAGAGAUUUUGGGUGCACUUAUAAACGCUGUGUUUUUGAUUGCGUUGUGUUUUACCAUUCUGAUUGAAGCUUUGCAAAGAUUGAUCAGUCCUCCAGUGAUUGAGAAUCCAAAGUUGGUUAUGUACGUGGGUAUCGCAGGUUUGCUUUCCAACUUGGUUGGACUCGUCCUCUUCCACGAUCAUGGGCACUCUCAUGGCCAUUCGCACGGUGGAUCUGGUGAGCAUGACGAGGAAGCCGCUGGUCACUCUCAUUCCCAUUUCUACCAGUCCGCAGAUGGUUCUGAGGACAGCAGGGCUUCUAUCGAUCAUUCCAGCACUAAUAUUCAUGAAGUUUGGCCACAGGCUGUGGUCGAGCGUUUUUCAAACGAAGGUACUGCGUUGCUAGGUGCAAAGAAAGGUGAUAAUGCGCUUAAGAAGAAGAGUAAGAAGGCGGUAAGAUCUUUGAACAUGCACGGCGUUUUCUUGCAUGUGCUCGGUGAUGCACUAGGUAAUGUCGGUGUCAUCGUUGCUGCUCUGUUUAUCUGGAAGACUGAUUAUUCUUGGAAGUUCUACUGUGACCCUGUUGUCUCAUUGGUAAUUACAGUAAUCAUCUUCUCCUCUGCGAUCCCAUUAUCGCGUAAAUGCUCCAGGAUCCUGCUACAGGCUACUCCCUCUACGAUCUCUGCAGAUGCGGUUCAAAGAGAAGUGCUGAGCGUGCCUGGUGUCAGAUCUGUGCACGACUUCCACAUCUGGAACUUGACCGAGUCCUUCUUUAUUGCUUCUCUGCACGUGCAAAUCGAUUCGACUCCAGCUCAGUUCUCUACCAUUGCCAAGUCCAUCAGAAGUAUCUUCCACAAUCACGGUAUCCACUCUGCUACCGUGCAACCCGAGUUUGUUUCCGGAGACGUGAGCGAGGAUGCCUCGAGAAGAUUCUCUCUCAUGGCGGGAGGCACUCCUGAUAUCUCGGAGGAGGAAUCUGCCUCUUCAACGGUUCAGGAUCCUUCCCCCAGUGCCUAUGGCUCCACGGCUCGUGGUGAUCGUUGCCUGGUUGACCGUGCGGCUAAUUGUAAUGCCGACGAAUGUUUACCAAAAUAG